ACAUCUUGUUUUAUUGAAAGGAAAUUUUAUUAAUAUGAUAAUAUGUUAAUUAGUUUCAAUCAUUGUACAUAUUUUAACCAUUCCUAAAUAUAUACACACAACAGUUUUAUUGAUUAGUACAAUACACAAUGUCAGAAGAACAGGACGUUACCGAUUCUCCUAUUAGAGGACCUACCCUCUCUACGUCAACAUCCAGUUUUGAAGCUUUAGAUCCCCAUGAUCCUAAUUUGAGUCAACUAGCGAACACAUUAUUUAGUAAAACUUCGGAGUACCUAUAUGGAGAAUUGACUUCAACAUUAGACGACUAUAGACUUUUAGAAAAUAUGAAUCGAUCUGUUAUAACAAAAUAUUCUGACAUGAAAAAUCUCACCCUUAAUGUUAAAAAGAGUAUGAGCGAACUCAAUGAAAAAUAUGCUAGUUUAAUUCCAUUAUUGCAACAAAUAGAUCAAAUUGAGGCUAGUGUAAUAAAAUUAGAGCAAGCAGCAUAUAAAUUGGACGCUUAUGGAAAGAGGUUGGAGAGCAAAUUUAAAAAUUUAGAAAAAAGAUGAUUUAUUAUUGUACAUACUUUGUUAGUGUAAUAAAAUAUACCUACUAUUAAAAUAAAAACUAUAAAUAAU